AUGCAACAAGCCAAGAAUCUGAUGAAUCAGGAAAACGAACCCAAAAACGACGCUUUCAUCAAGGAUGAUGGUAGUCCUGGUGAUGACAAUUCCAAGCAGCAACAACAACACACACCGCAGGAUGAUUCAAAAAAGAAGAAUGAAAAAUCUUCGGUACCAAUUUACAAGUUAUUUCGAUUUGCCAGCAAAACCGAUUUUUUGAUGAUCGCCGUGGCCAUGACUGGCUCUAUCGGGAUCGGUGUGAUCCAUCCGGUGAGCAUUAUCAUUUUCGGUCAAUUCCUCGAGAACCUCGCAGGCACGCUGUAUACUUCGGAUGAACUAUUAGCAGCAACGCUAGAUAUGAUCUUAAUAUUUGUUUAUAUGGGUGUCGCGGUUUUUGUUGCCGGCUAUGUUGCUCACGCUUUUUGGGUUCUAUCUGGCGAAAGCCAAGCAAGACGGAUACGUCAAUUCUAUGUUCAUUCCAUCUUGGCACAAGAUAUGUCAUGGUUCGACAAGUCAGAAGAAGGAUCGCUGACCACAAGGCUCGCCACAGAUACUCAGAUGAUCCAAGACGGUAUUUCCGAGAAGCUUGGACUACUCGUUCAAAUGGUAGCUGCGGUUAUCACAGGUGUCGUAGUUGCAUUUGUCAAAGGUUGGCAAUUGGCAGUCGUUAUGCUGGCACCAAUCCCUCUUUUGGCCGGUGUCAGCACUGCCAUGACUUAUUUCUACUCAAAAUACACCAAAAGUACCCAAGACAUUUAUGCCGAUGCUGGCGCUAUCGCCGAGCAAGUCUUUGCUGGUAUUCGUACGGUUUAUGCUUUCUCGCUCCAGCGCCGCUUUUCUGCACGAUACGACAAGGAACUCGAAAAGGCCUGUGUAACAGGCAGCAAGCGUGGUGUGCUGCUGGGUUGUCAAUUUGGUGUAUUUUUAUGCAUCUUGUUUUGGAGCUAUGGUCUGGCAUUUUGGUAUGGUUCCAAGUUAGCGGACGAAGAAAAACUAUCUGGCCCGUUGGUCUUGAUUGCCUUUUAUGCCAUGCUCAUUGGUACAAUGUCGCUCUUGUCAUUGCCACUCAAUUUGGCUGCCGUGUCGAGUGCAUGCGGUGCUGCGUAUCGUAUUUUUGCUGUGAUUGAUCGCGUACCUGAUAUUGAUCCCGACACGACCGAUGGCAUUGCCAAUGUCAAACUUCAAGGCCAUAUUCAGUUCCGCGAUAUCGACUUUUCGUACCCGACACGGUCUGACAUUCAGGUACUACAAAAGUUCAAUGCUCAAGUCCAUGCUGGCAAAACGAUCGCGUUGGUUGGAGCAAGCGGUUCUGGCAAAUCCACGGUUGUACAGAUGCUGCAACGUUUCUACGAUCCAUUAUCCGGCUCAAUUCUGUUGGACGGGAAGGACAUCAAGGAAUACAAUGUCAGUUGGCUACGUCGACAAAUUGGCGUUGUAUCGCAGGAGCCCGUAUUGUUCAAUAUGACGAUCCGACAAAACUUGUUGAUGGGCACGACCCGCGAUGAUGUUACCGACGAAGAUAUAAUCGAAGCAUGUAAAAAGGCAAACUGUCACGGCUUUAUCAAACAGUUACCCGAAGCGUAUGAUACUCCAGUGGGAGAACAUGGUGGUAUGCUCUCUGGUGGUCAAAAACAACGGAUUGCAAUCGCUCGUGCCAUUAUCAAGAAUCCGACCAUCUUGUUACUUGAUGAGGCGACGUCUGCGCUGGAUACACAGUCUGAACGACUAGUACAAAAUGCUUUGGAUGCGGCAGCAGAAAAUCGUACAACAAUCGUCAUCGCCCAUCGGUUAUCAACCAUCCGCAACGCCGACACAAUUAUUGUCCUUAAGCAAGGUGUUAUGGUCGAGCAAGGCAAUCAUCAAGAGCUUAUUGAGAUGAAUGGUGCAUAUGCAGACUUGGUACGGAAGCAAGAAAUUGCAAUGAAGGAAGAAGAAGAAAAGGAGGAUCUACAUCAACAAAAACUACACGACGACGAACCAUUGGAUAUUUCGCAAUCGACUGAAGCGCUAAAUAAUAACGCUGUCAUUGCGAAUAAACAAGACAUAUUGGAUCUUAAACGAACAAAUAGCACAGCAUCAUCCAAACACGAAGUCAAAAUGGAAAUUCAACGGGAGAUACAAGAAAAAGAAUGUGGCAAACCAAAGUUGCCAUUUUUCAAAGUUUUGAUGGAGAUGCGACCCGAAUGGCUGCUCAUUAUCACUGGCACGUUUGGCGCUAUGAUCUCAGGCGCCGUUUUUCCCGUGUGUUCUCUACUACUGGCGCGUGUUAUUACCAUUAUCAUUGACCCGCACAUGGAGAUUAACCCAGGACCGAUGCAGGGUGCGAACCUGUACGCAUUUCUCUUUUUAAUCGUCGGACUUGCAGCUCUGCUAGGAUUUGUUAUUCAGAUGGCUUCAUUCGAAGUGGCAGGCGAACGAUAUACGAAACGGUUACGAAGCAGAAUUUUCUGGGCCUACAUGAAGCAAGAAGUUGCAUUUUACGAUGAGGAAAAGAACAAUGUCGGGGCUCUAACAUCGAUGCUUGCGGUGGAUGCAAAGCAUGUAAACGAACUCAUGUCCAAGAUUUGCGGUGAAGUUGCCAGUCUCAUGUUUACCGGCGUCACAGGCUUUGUUAUUGCCUUUGCACAUAGUUGGGCAUUGACAUUGAUUGUAUUGGGAUGUGUUCCGUUUAUGGUCGCUGCUACCGCCUACGAAUCCAAGGUUGAGAUGGGCUAUGCUAACGAUGUGCAAAAAGCGAGUGCUCAAAGCGGCGAGGUUGCCGGUGAAGCCAUCAAAGCCAUUCGCACUGUCGCAUCAUUGACAAAGCAAUAUUAUUUUGAAGCCAAGUAUGAAGAAGCAAUAGAACGACCUCACAAACUCGCACAACGGAAAGCCUACCUUGCAUCGAUUGGCUAUGCAUUGGGUCAAGCCAUCAGCUUGUUCACUCACGCAGUUGCAUUCUAUGGAGGCGUACGCUUGAUUGAAAUUGAAAUGAUUACACUCCAAGAUAUGAUGGUGGUGCUACUCGCUGUCAUGAUAACAUCGCAAAAUAUCGGACGUGUCACUACUUACAUGUCGGGUAUUGCCAAGGCCAAGUAUGCAGCAUUGUCUGCUUAUGAGAUCAUUGAGCGGCGGUCUAAAAUCGAUCCAGAGCUGGAAGGGGUGGAACCUGAUACUGUGCGAGGCGAUAUCACAUGUGACAAGGUGGGUUUCCAGUAUCCUACCCGAAGUGUACCCAUUUUCCGUGGUGAAUUUGCUUUGCAAGGCAUGGCAGGCAAGACGAUUGCGUUGGUGGGCAGCUCAGGAUGCGGAAAGUCAACUACUAUAGGAAUGCUCGAGCGUUGGUAUGAUCCUACAGCUGGCACGGUACGCCUGGACGAGCAUAGCACACAAUCCUUUUCGUUACAUAAUCUCAGAAGUCACAUGGCUUUAGUUAGCCAAGAGCCAGUGUUGUUCGAUUUGACUAUUGGCGAAAACAUUCGAUUUGGUGCCUUGUCUGAAAAAGGUGUUUCUCAAGAACAAGUGGAACACGCAUGUCGAGCCGCCAACAUACAUCAUUUUAUUACCAGUUUACCGAAUGGUUAUGAAACGCGUGUGGGCGACAAGGGCUCUCAGCUGUCUGGCGGUCAAAAGCAGCGCAUUGCCAUAGCGCGUGCAUUGAUCCGAAAGCCACGAGUAUUGCUGCUAGACGAGGCUACUAGUGCGCUUGAUUCCGAAUCUGAAAAGCUUGUUCAAGAUGCUAUCGACAACGUUAUUAGCGAAGGCGGUCGUACAACAAUCACAAUCGCUCAUCGGUUAUCAACAAUACAAGGUGCUGAUCAAAUCUGCGUUAUUGAGGGCGGAAGGAUAGUGGAACAAGGAACUCACUGGGACUUGCUGAAGCUAAAUGGAAUAUAUACCGAGUUGGUUCAACAACAAUCAUUGAGCACCAUUUAA